GACAAUAAUAAGGAUCUUUUGGCCUAUUAAGGUACGUCACGCUAGUACAUGUUGGGAAUUAUAAGUGCACAAGUGGGAGAAAAUGUCAAUUCCAAUGUAUAUAGUAAAUUUAAUGUUAGUACCACAAAUUGUGUGGUUAGUUCUACCACCAAUAUAGUAAAUCUACUGCAAAAGCAGAUAGAUUCAACCAAUGAACAUGUUUUUUGAUCAGUUAUAGGUGCUUUUGAAGCACUUCUAUUGUAGUAGGUCGUGGCGGUCAAUUCGAAAGUUUCAUUCAACUCAUAACUAUUUCGACACGAAACCACACAAAAAGUCUUUGAUUUGAUUAGAUUUGAUCCCAUCCCAAAAUGAGCUACAAACUCGGAUACGAUGUGACCGAUCCCACGGUCCAGGUGCUCCGGGCAUCGGCCUUCAUGCAAAACGGGCCGGUGAAACAGGUGCGCAGCUUCGAGGAUCUGGACCGCUGGGCUCGCUCGCAGGCCUAUCACGAUACUAUUGCCUAUAUCAAUCACACCAGCAGGGCCAUCCAGGGCCAUCGAUUGACGCGGGACUUGGACUUCCCGGUAUCGACGCAAAUGCGCCGUCUGUGCGAGAUCUUUGAUGGCCUGGAGCACCUGCUGGUCGAGCAUUCGCCGAAGGCCGACGACUCGAACAUAUCCGUUCCGGCCGGCCAUGUGAGGAUACGAUCCUACCGCAUUUGGAUGGAGCACAUGUUUCAGCUUGUCUUCAGCAAACUGGACGAGGCCAUCAAGGCGAACUGCAAGCACAUCAACGAACUGGGCCAAUAUCUUCGACGUUCCUUUGGCAAUUCUUCCAGUCUGGAUAUUGGUCCCGCCAACGAGCUCAUGUUCCUCUUCUUCCUCUGCGGCCUCUUCCGCUCCGGCAUCCUUGAGGCCCAGGACACGGUUGCCGCCGCCCUGCUGCUCUUCGAUCGCUAUACACACCUGGUGCGCCGCGUCAUCUCAACCUAUUCCCUGCAGAUAACCAAGGAUCCCAUGUGCUCCAUCGAUGACUACUGCUUUCUGCCCUAUCUCUGGGGAGCUGCCCAGCUCUCGAUCGACAGUCCCUUCUCGCCGAUGCAGUGCGACCAGGCCAAAGUGUUGGAUUGCCACAGGCAUGACUACAUGAUGCUGGAUCUGGUGGAUCACCUGCAGAAGUCGCGCGGUGGCCAGUUGAGCCAGGUGGCCUUUCAGCUGUGGAGCCUGCUCUCGGUGCCCACCUGGCCGCAGGUCUACCGGGGACUCGAGAGGAACUACAUUGACAAUGUGCUCUCCUCGUUCGAAACCGUGGAGCAGGUCAUAUUUUGCGAACUGAUGUCCUUUGAGGCCACCACGGUGCCCAGGCAGUUGGAGCGGGCAUAUUUGGGAGCCCAGUACGUCGAGCGUCGGCAGAACGAGGAAGAUUUGGAGCAGGCGCAAGGAACACAACGCUCGCCAUGUCUGUGGGAGCCAUCGCUGCCGGUCAGUAGAUAUGUCAGCAUGGAACCGGAGUCCUUCCUCGGAUUUCAGGAACCAAGAGGACAUCGGAUGUCGGACGACAGCGAUGACGAUCGCCUCUGGAUGAUGCGACAGGCUAUGGAUGAGGACGGGGCCAGCCCCAUGUUCUUCCCGGAUCGGACAGCUACCCAAAAUGACUCUGUCACUUCGUUCCCCCAAUAGUGGUCCCUAAAAUGUCAAUCCAAUUAAUGCAUAUAAACUUGUAAGGAUGGAAACGGAACACCAGUAGUGCGAUCAUUUUUUAGCAGAUAUUUUUAUACAGAAGGAUAUAUAUCUUACACUAAUCUAACUAGCUCAAAUAUGUUAAAUAGUAUGUUCCCAAUAGGGCCCUAACAUUUUGUUUGCUGCUAUUUGUACAAAAGGAAAAUAUCUUUUGUAACUUA